AUAUUAUAUACAGAGGGAUAAUAGGUGCAAUAGUACCCAUGAAUAACAAUAGUAUACAUGAAUAACACAGAGUUAUCUGUUACAGAAAUGUUAGCUGUUGUACAGUUGGAUAGAGUAGGGUAUGAAAGAAAGGUAUUAAGAACUUGACUAAUUUCAUCACACGUUUAAAUGUUCUGAUUUCAAUCUAUUCGCAGCGGGGACAUGGUAAUGGCAAGCAGUACAGACUGCAGGAAGGAGAACGAGGUUGGUUAUGAAACAAAAGUAAAUGAGUCUUUUAUUUUGGAAUAGGAACAACAUGCAACGACUUCCUGCCCGGUGUCACGUGACCUCGCCCUCGCCUGGAUACCAGAACGCGUCGCUUGCCCCCGUGGUCGCUACGGAGGGAGGGGUGGGUCGCUCGUAGUUACAAAAAGACACUUCCUCACGCAGUUUGGACAACUUGCUAUCAUGGCACUCUAUCAAAAACGAUUCCUUGUCGUUUCUCUCGCGACUAAACUACAUUUUAACGCCCGUGCAGCCACGUUUUAGUGGCACCUUUGUAUUAAUCUAACUUAGUAUGACUGGUAAAGAUUAGUUAGCGUGCUAGCGAGCUAGCCGCUCAGCUUCCACACCUGCCAGGCACAGGUUCUUAAGCAGACAUGGGCAAACUACAGAGCAAAUUUCGCAAGAGGUCUGAUCUCUACAGGGCGUCUCAGGGAGAGAAGGGAGAUAAUGCCUUCGACAGUCAGAUUUUGCAGUAUGAACCUGCCCAUCAUGGAUCCGUCAACACUGUGACCAAUCUCAGCCCAGAUCUGUGUGUUUCUGGUGGUACUGACCAGGCUGUGGUGGUGUAUGACUGGAAACAAGGCCGGAUGUGUCAGUCCUUCCAGGGCCACAACCGAGAGGUUACCAAGGUGGUUUGCUAUCCUGGCAGCACGUGGAUCUUUAGUGCCUCCCGGGACAAGACUGUUCUCAUGUGGGACCUAAACCAGGGCGACGAACCUAUUCAGGAAUUUUGUGGGCACGAGCUGGUGGUCAAUGGAUUAGCUAUCAGCCCAGAUGGGAGAAAGCUGUGCACCGGCUCCCGUGACAACUGGAUGUGCCUGUGGGAUAUAGAAUCUGCAAAAUGUGAACAGAGACACAACAUCUCCAGAAACCUGGUGACUCAUGUGUGUUGGGUCCCAGCCAGCUCCUCUAUAGUCCAGACCUCUGAGGACAAAACCAUAAGGGUGUGGGACAGCCGCGCGUGGCAGGUGACCAACACAUUUCCAGCGAAGCAAUACAUCCAGACCCACUGUGACGUCUCUCCAAACGGUAACUACUUGGUGUCCAGCAGCAACGGCUUCGGAGGCCAGGGCUGCGAAGCCACGCUCUGGGACCUGCGUCAGCCUGGCUGUAAACUCGUGGAGUACAGAGGCCACCUCCAAACCACCGCCUGCUGCGUGUUUCUGCCCGUGCCUCCCGGCGGCGCGGCUCGCGUGGCAACAUCCUCCCACGACAGCUCUCUCAAAAUCUGGGAUCAGAAUACAGCAGUCUGUUUAGGGACGCUGUCCCUGGACGGCGCCGGUCCGCUGGUUUCUCUGGCGCCCACCGAUUCCACCAAUCUGCUGUGUGCCAGCUUCAACAAUGGCCUCCACCAAGUUCAAGUGAGCCAGGGGUCAUCACACCAGGCUCAGGGUCCCGGCGCGGGUUCAGGCGGCGCAGGCGGCCUGGACAUUAAAGUCGUGGCUCGUUUUUGACGGCUCAGAAGAGCCUGUGGACUUCAAGUCAGUUUUUUUUUUUUUUUUUUUUUUUUUGUUUACAAUUUUACAUAUUUGUAGACAUUUUUGCUUUACUAGACUGCCAUAAUGUGAAGAAUGACUGAAGAGAUAUGUGAACAGAAGAUGCUCGUGGAUGCCCAUCAUAGCUGCUCGUCUAGGACGACGUUUUACCUUUUAACUCCAAAAUCAGCUUGGAGUCACCAUCUGAUUAGUUUGACGGAGGGGCAGGGAUUUCCCACUGGGCCCGUACAGUUUGGUAACCUGAUAAAAUUUCACUUUAUUUAGAAAUAAGCAUCUUGUGAGAAAAUGUCAGAAAGAGGGAGCCAUAAAAUCUGCUAAUACUGCAUCUCCCCCUCUUAGUUGAUACUAUUAUACUAUAACUGAGCGGUUCGCAUUCUUGAACAGUUAAUUACCAGAACAGCAGAGAAGCAGUGAAUCUGGGGUAUUUGAGGCCCUGGUGUGACCCAUGUGUCACCCAACACAGUUUGAAGUAUUGUCCUCAUGGAACCAGAGCGAUGAACAGUGUUUUUUUCAUGUUUUAAUACUCUUCUUCAGCUUGGUGGUACUGACUAGUAUGAAUAUAGGAUGGCAGUACAUUCUUAUGUUUUGUAGUGUUUCUUGUAUUUGGUCGAGUAGUUGUGCCACUGACUCCUGUGGCACUAAUUGCCUACAACACAAAAGCCCCAGAUUCACUUGAUGUCCGUUGGUAAUUUCUUUAACGCACCAACUUAGGUCUUAGAGGAAAAAUUAACUAUUUCAGGGAGAUUUUUUCCUAAAUAAUAUUUAUAAGGUACAGUCUGACAGGUGUAAUGAUAAUGUUGACUAGUCUGAACUAGACUUAACCUGUUACAUGUUAGAUUAAAUGAAUGGAUAUCUGCACCGUAUUAACAUGCCGUUUUUUUUAAUCUACUUGAUAAGUAGAUAAGUUGAUAAAAAAAUUUCUAACACAGAUUCUGAUAUUUUUUAACAGAAGCUGUUGAUAGUUGAUGUGUUGUGCUGAUUACCAAUAUACUUCAAUUUAAAAAAUUCCUAUGCAAAACAAGUAAUUCAAUUAAAAAACAAAACAACGAAUAAACAAAUGGGAAUAAAACAAAGAUUUUCUGCGACCUGUCGACGUAAAACACACUACCAUUUGCUUACUUCAUGAAUAUUAUUUUAUAUAAAUGGAUUUUGUCAUAACCAGAUGUGCUGUUGUUUCGCCACAUGCUUAACGAGGCUUGUUUUUAUCAACCACUAAACUUGUCAUGUCUUAAUUCAGUUUAAAUCCGUUUUUCUUCAAGAGAAGAAGUGCAAUACAAUUGUCAGUAUGUGAAUAAUAAAAAAUAUUUUAGGGGUAGUUUUUCCUCAGGAGGUUGCAAAUACAAAGUGUGGAUGCUAUUGUGAUGACAUAUUUUGGAUUUGUUUCCGUUUUAUGUGGACAAAGGUUAGGAUUAAUGGCAGGUAAACUCAACUGUGAGUUUACUUCCUUGACGGCUUUUCUGAAAGCUGCUAAGGAGUACACACUAUAAUGAUUUACUUUUCUAAUAUUUAGGGAACACUGCCAGCAGUAGUAAUCCAUAGUCGAUCAGCCAUUUGUAUUGUUUUUUUUUUGAGAUUUUGUUUUAUUUUGGUAUUUGUCAGUUUUAAUGUCACCAGAAGAUUCUGUAUUUGUUACUUUGAUAAAGCAAUAAAUACAUUUUAUAACGUCA